CACUCCGCCACGAGCAUGCGCAGUGCGUCCGGAAAAGCGGCCAGGAGGAAAGAGAUGAUGGCGUCUUCGGCUGCUCGUUGCUCCUCACGCUGGAUUACAGUCGUCGCGUCCUCCGGACACCGGUGGGCCACCGGCGCCGCUGUCUCCUCUGGCCAUGGAGGGGUCAGGAGUUUUUCCACGCUGGGAAAGGAAAGCCUGUGGCGUGGGGGAAGCCUGACGUGCGGCGGAGCAGGGAAAGCGUUGACAUUGAGAGGGCUGUCAGGCCUCAAACCCCCCCACGCUGUCUACACCCUGUCCUUUCACACAAGUGCCCCCGCUUGCAGCAAGCAGGACUUCUACCAGAUCCUCGGGGUGCCUCGCUCAGCCACCCAGAAAGAGAUCAAGAAAGCCUACUACCAGAUGGCCAAAAAGUACCACCCCGACACCAACAAAGACGACCCACAAGCCAAGGAGAAAUUUGCUCAGCUGGCCGAAGCGUAUGAGGUGCUGAGCGACGAGGUGAAGAGGAAGCAGUACGACACAUACGGCUCGACGGGCUUCGACGCCGGUCAGGCGGGCGGAGGGCAGCACUACUGGAGCGGACAGGCCACCAGCGUGGACCCGGAGGAGCUUUUCCGCAAAAUCUUUGGGGAAUUCUCCGGAGGUCGUGGCUUCGGAGACUUCAACGCUAUAUUCGACCAGCCGCAGGAGUACAUCAUGGAGCUGACGUUCACUCAGGCCGCGAAAGGGGUCAAUAAAGAGAUAUCUGUUAGCAUAGAUGCAGCCUGCCAGCGCUGCGAUGGGAAGGGUCACGAGCCGGGCACCAAGGUGCAGCACUGCCACUACUGCAACGGCUCCGGCAUGGAAACCAUAAACACGGGCCCGUUUGUGAUGCGCUCCACGUGCCGGCGCUGCGGCGGCAAAGGCACGGUCAUCUCCAGCCCGUGUCAUUCCUGCCGUGGCACGGGACAGACCAGGCAGAGGAAGACCGUGAUGGUUCCUGUGCCCGCAGGCGUGGAGGACGGUCAGACGGUCCGAAUGCCUGUCGGAAAGAAGGAAAUCUUCAUCACAUUUCGGGUCCAAAAAAGUCCCGUGUUCAGGAGGGACGGCGCAGACGUCCACUCUGACGUUUUCGUGUCUGUGGCACAAGCCAUCCUGGGCGGCACAGCCAGAGCACAAGGCCUUUACGAAACAGUCAAUCUAUCGAUCCCUGCCGGCAUCCAGACAGACCAGAGGAUCCGCCUGGCAGGGAAAGGAAUCGCUCGCGUCAGUGGCUAUGGCUUCGGAGAUCACUACAUCCACGUCAAGAUAAGAAUACCCAAGACACUGACUGACAGACAGAGGUCUCUGUUGAUGAGCUACGCUGAGGACGAGGCGGACGUAGAGGGAACAGUGAACGGCGUCACUUCCACCACCACAGGUGGGGGCAGCAGUGGUAAGCGGUCUGAGGCAGGGCAUGACAAGAAGGAAGCAGAGUUGAAUCAAGAAGAGGGCUUUCUCUCCAAAUUAAAGAAAUUUUUUAGUUCUUCCUGACAGCCACAAACCAGGUAAAAGAUCAUCCUGGAACUGAAAGGCGCCAUCAGCGGGUCAGAUGGCAGAGAGGACGACGGCGUCAAGCAAGGACAGCCACAUUAUAAAGGAAGGGAACGGAGGAACAUUGGGGGUUGGCUGAGGCUUACCGCGGUUCUGGAUGGACCUGCUCAGCACCGUGGUGGAAAAAAAAAGUCGGGGGAUUACUGCUCCUCUGCCAAAGAGGAUCCACGCGCAAGAGGAUGUUCCAGUUCGCCAAUUACCUCUCUGUCAAAUGUCCACUGAGGCCACUGUGGCAGCAAAGACUUGUAAUUUCACAUAGCAUAGUCGGUGCAUGUCGUCAAACAGAGCCCACAUGCUCAGAAAUAAAUUAUUACAUUGACACACAACACAGGUACAGUCUAAUGGUUUUAUUAGGGGUUAAAUCAUCCUGUUGAUCUGUAUGUCCUGCUUGUGUUUUCAUCCUUCCUCCUGUUGGUUCCCCCCUUUAAAAGUUUGACAUCUGCAGAGUUUUAGCGUUGGAUGACUUAAAGGAUGUUUCUACAGUGGAUACUUAGGUCUCUUCUCUGUGAUGGAGGAUUAAACUGCUUUCCUGGACACUGAUUACUCCUCAUCUGUCCUCCUUUAACCCUUCCGAGAAAUUACUUUUAGUUUUCACACAACAGUUGUAGAUCAAACAUGUGUCAAUGUGUCAUAUAGAAUGAGAAGAAUAUACUGUACAGCUAUAAUGAAGAGAUGGUCUGGGAA